AUGGAAGAUGCGGGCGAUGCAGGAGCUUCACCUAGGCGAGCUUCCAGCUCCAGCUCCAGUGGAGGAGGAGGCUUACCGGUGAAGCGCCUGUCUCGAGUCAGCAACAGCAGUGGCAGUUCACCAAGGCGAGAAGCAUCUCCAGAGGAUGAUAGGCUUCAAAAGCCACGGACUGGGGCUGCGAAGAUUGAGGCGAGUCCUCGGCGAGACAGAGGCUCAGAAAAGACCUCGACCAGCCCAAGUCCCACCCGGCAAGGGCGCACCGACUCGCAAGGAAAGUCUCGGACACCUUCGCCGAAAAAGCAGGCAUCUCCGAGAGCAGAGCGUCAAACUCCGAGUGGAACACCUUUGAGUAGUGCUCGAGGUGAUGAAAUUCGACGUGCCAACACACAGCCACUGACAACAGAGGAGAAGCAAAAGGCGCGAUCCGUGAGUCCCCCUCCAGUGUAUGUCCGAACUGGAAGUCCAUUGGCGGCUACCAAGUGUAGCACUGAGCGGCAAAAGAUUGGCCGAGCCCGUGCACUGGCCGCUGGGGUGAAAAAGCAGACUGUGGAGCAAGCCAAGUCUCAGAUAACAGGCAGCUUCCUGCUGGAGCAGUCACAGGCUUCAAAAGAGCUUUCUGCGAAGCAAAGGAAGGAGUGGAUGGCAGCCGUGAAGAGAACACAGGACUCCAGUGCAAAGUUUGUUGCGCAAAAACGUCUUGCAGCCAACAAUCCCAGCAGCGUUUCAAGCGAGGCAUACGAGCGGGCACAGCUGAUACGGCGGGCGCAAGAUGACAACUGGCUGGACCAUCUCAGAGCUGAGGACAACGUCGAGGUCCGAUCGAAGACUCCGCCGAAGGCCCGAGAGAAACCACCGAUGCCCAAAUCCAUCGCGAGUGCGAUUGGACCCGCUGGAGACAAAGUGGUCGGUGAGUUUAAGCAGAUGCUUCUUGAGAAAGGAGGGAACUUUGUUCGAGCAUGGCGCUAUUUGCUGGACCCUGACUGUCGGGGUCAGCUCACUCUGCCUCAGUUGGCCCAGCGAUGUCGAGAACUUGGGAUGCUGCCUUCUGCUAGGGCCACCUGGUUGGCUGGGAUGGCCACUGCAUCCAUUGCGUUCUGCGGCACGCCUCCCUGGAGGACCAGAAUGCUGACGUCACACCAGCGGCAGGCGAAAUCAGCCACUGACUGGGCGGCGGAUUGGUUGCAACAGGAGCUCUCAAAGAGCCCCGUGCUCCUGAUCUCGCAGACAGCUGGUUCUAGCUUGCAGGAGGCCAAAGAGUCCUUGCAGAGAGCUUGCGUACGUUUUGAUGAACUCGAAUUGGACCGCUUGGCCUCUUCGAUUAGCACUGCAGUUGCAGAGCAGCUGGAAUCCUACAACAGGACUUCAGGUUUGCCCUUUCUUUUCGUUGGUGGCACUCUGUUGCCUGAGAAUUUCACUGCAGAGAGCACUCGAUGGCUGCAGCAGGCCUGCUACAAUGCUGGAGCGCAAUUCAUGGAGCCGCUUGAAGGUACCAACAUGACCUGGACAAUCCGAAAAGAUGCCAGAUGGCUACCACCAAAAAACGUUGGUGGUCGACGGUGGUACCAAGACGAUGCAGGCAUGGCCAAGUACGAGGAUGAGCAUGCAGACCCUGCCCGGAACUUGUACAACGAAAUCAUGUCUGCUCCAGGUGGUGGCAGUGCACUCCGCACUCGGAUUUCCAAUCCUGGCCAGAAGCUAUUGCGGCAAGAUGCCAAACUGGAUGAGCCAGAUAAGUAUGGUGUGAAGAAAUCUUUCCCAUCGUGGGGUCGAGUAGAUUUGCUCCUCCGGAAUGUGGAUGGCGUCACCGACUACUUGCGCUCUCGUGACGUGGAUCGAGUCAGGAAGAUCAAGGAUGGUCAGCUCGAUGAGCGGGAGAGAGAUGGACUUCCGCAGGAUGUACUAAUGUGGGUCUAUGGCCUUGGUCGAAGAAGGUUGAUGGAAGAGCUCGACCAAAGGCAGUGCCAUCACAAGGUGAUUUCCUGCAUUGAUGUACAAGGUCUCCGGGAGGCCCUGUUGGAGGAGCUGCAGAAUGAGCAAACCUACAGUCCCAUCCGUCAGGGUGUCACACCAGGAGUCAUUCAGUCACUGUCAGCAGAACAGCUUCAAACAGAGAUGGCUGCAGACACUGUAGCGCCACUACUGGUGUCUUUUGUGGAAGCGCGAAGUCCACGGUACCUCAGAUUCAGGGAACAGCUUGCAGCUGCUGCUCGACAUUUGCUUCGCACAAUCCGAGUGGUGGUUGUUGAUGUGACAGAGAAUCCAGACGUAGUGGGCGACUUUGGAAUCACGCGUUUUCCGACACUGAUCUGGACGCAAGGGCGGACCAGUGUGGAAAUGGCUCGCGAACUAGGGGUUCUUCCUGCGAGCUCCAUUGUGGAUCGCACGAGAACUUUGUUCCAGGUGAAAGAGCUUCCCAAGCCCGAAAAGGAGGCAGCGGCACUUUUGGCGAAAUCUGGACCUGUCUCGAGGAAAUUCCGGAAGCCCAACUUUGAGAGGACUCAUCCUGACAAGCAUGCAGCUGUGAGGUCCAUCAAUGGCCAUUCCAAAGGGUUUUGGCGUCACGGCAGGCGGUAA